AUGGAAAUGAUAAGGAAAGCACAAUUUGAAUGUUACCAGAAAUUUAUACAAGUUCCUGUGCAUGAGAAUACAGGUUCUUACUGCAACAGAACAUGGGAUGGCUGGUUAUGCUGGGAUGACACUCCUGCAGGAGUAACGGUCAUACAGAAUUGUCCAUCUUACUAUCAGGAAUUUAACGAUCAGGAAGAAGCAAUUAAAAUCUGUGAUGAAAAAGGACAUUGGUUUGUACAUCCUGAGAGCAACAGACAAUGGACAAAUUAUACCCUCUGCACUAAUAUUAAGUGGUAUGAGAAGUCAGUUUGGAAUGCCUACUACAUUGCUAUUACUGGCCUUAGCCUUUCCUUAGUUUCACUGUUGAUUUCCCUUGGCAUAUUCUUCUGCUUUAACUAUGCUACAGCACUUACUCAUCUGGCAGGAAUUGCCCAGCAGCAGCCACUGAUUAUAACUCCUCCAGUAAGAGCCCCUUUAAUUCCUGCCUCUACAUAUGCUGUAGCCAGAAGCAUGUAUUUCAAUGAUUACUGCUGGUACAGAACAGAUACUCUUUUAGAUUAUAUCAUCACUGGGUCCAUCUUCACUGUUCUCUCGGUGAAUUUAUUGAUCCUGAUAAGAAUCAUUCAUGUCCUCAUAAAGAAAUCAAAAACCAGACUUCUUAGAAAAUCUAUUCAAUACCUAAAAGCUGUGAGGGCCACCUUCAUUUUAGCACCACUCCUUGGCAUCCAAAUCUUGUUUGCUUCCUUGGAACCAAGAGAAAGAACUAGCAAGGAGAUUCAUCUAUACAUACUCGAUGUUUGUAUAUACUUUCAGGGUUUGCUGGUGGCAACGAUUUUCUGCUUUUUUAAUGGAGAGGUCCAGUCUGUCCUACGGAGGCACUGGAAACAGUACAGGAUCCAGUUCGAACAUAGUUUUGCCCACUCCGAUGGUCUCCGGUCAGCUUCUUUUACAGUUUCUUCCUCCUUCACUGAUGGCCAAAGCUUCAAUUUUAACCAUGACUGCCCCAGUGAACAUUUAAAUGGAAAAAGCUUCAGCGAGAUGGAAAAUGGUCCUUUUAAACCCGAGAAGCUGUAUGGGUGAUUACAGAAGAUUGUCAGUUCUCACCAAUGUGUUAUUUCAAAUAGAUGGCUCCCUGAGCAGCAGUGACUUUUGGAGGGAAAUGGCUGUUCCUUAAGAAUGCAAUGAGUUUUAAUUUGUUUAUUGUGUCUACACGCAUUAGCAUAUCUUUGCAAGUGAAUGCUAGUAUACUGGAGCUAGUGACACCCAAUCAUUGGAAUAUUAAGCUUCAACCUCUGGAUUUAAAACAUUCAGAAAGAUGCUGAUUGAGAUUUUAAUGGGAUCAAUCAUGCCCUAGUUAGAUCUGUUCUUGUACAUAUGUUUUUCUGCAUAUAAAUAUAUCUGGAGAUAGAUAAACUUUGCCUCUUCAACUUCUACUGUGUAGACAAAUUGGGCAAUUUAUUUUGUAUGAAGGGAAUCAAAGGAAGUUCUGUAUUUUUUUUUUCAGCAGUUUGUAUCUUGACUGGGUUGUCAUUUUGCAGCCAUUUUGUUGCUUCAAUACUUGUAUAUACGGUAUUUAUCAUAUUCUGUUGUCUUAAGUGCAACCAACAAACACAGUCUAAAUCUUGAAGAAGAAGAAAAAUCACUAAAUGCAAAGCAUUCUUUUGGAUUGACUGUGCAACUUCUAUGUCUGACAAAGAUGGAUACAAACCAAUCUGCAAUAUUCUGAAUAAAGUGGAUUCAAAUUUACUAGACAUAUGAGGGCCAACAUUUUCAAAAAUGCCUCUUACCUUCAGUUCCUGCAAGCAAUUGAAAAAAAAUAUAGUCAUCCCAUCAAUACCUGGUAGGCAUAGGAACUAUGAGGAUGAAGAUGGGUUUUCUGUCCUUCUGUGGCCUUCUGUGUGUGUUUGUGUGUGUGUAUGUGUAUAGGACAUGUUUUGAAGGUAUGGCAAUGUUUGUGGAUGAUUUGUAUUCAGUAAAGAAAAUAGGUGCCAAGGUUUUUUUUUUAACUAUGGUAAUUUGCCAAUAGGCUUCUCCGAUUGGGCUGAUGCUUUAGUAAGAAGAACAGAAGACAACAGAUGAGCCUUUUAGGGAGCAGAGAGGAAUGAUGAGGUUCAUACCCUAAUUUAUUUAUUUUUCCUAAGUGGGAACCUUGGGUGAGAGAAAUCAUUAUUAGAAGACAGUGUCUAGUAACAGGUGUAACAUACCCACAUGGGCUCCAUAAUCCCCACAGCCAGAAUGUGGAACACUUACAGACAACUUUGAUCAUAUCCCUCUAUAACGUUCAUAGAGACAUUCUCACUCAACACCCUAGCUAGAAAUGAGUCGUUCCUUUCCUUUGAGCAAAGACCAAAUGUUGAUGAUCUAAUCAUACUGGGCACCCCAAUUCACACAUCUAAGACGGGUCAUUAUUUUGGCUUCAAACAUACAGAUGUUGGACAAGCACAAGUAGGGUUGUUUAGACCUUGACUUUAAAAAAAAAAAAAGAGCUAAUGAGAAAAGUCCUUCCAUUUAUGACUGGAGGGAAGGGAAAGAAGAACAAAUUAUUAUUUUUUUCACUUUUACAGCCCUGUGUAUAGUCUCCAAAUCUAUCCUGGAUCAUUGGGGAACUCUCCAGAGCCGGUUCAGGAGGAGUUGACAAAGUGAAAUUAUCAAAAAAUUGUUAUUGUACUGGCAGAUUUUCAGUGGGAGUACUUUGAUUCGUGUGUGUGUUUGUGUGUGUGUGGGGGGGGGGCUUACCUCACUUUGUUCAUUUGUACAAAAUGGAUGAAAUGGCCAAUGAGGCCCUCCUAUUGGAUCUUGUAGAGAAUCCUUAAGAGGCUACAGUUAGCACUUUACAUUAACAAAGUGUCCUCUACCCUUGUCCGCAAACAUGGAAGCCACAUGGAAGUCAGUGGGAUUUGAGGCCAUCUUAGUUAUUUGCAAGAUUGUAGCUGUAGCCUUCUGAAGUGGAGCCUAUUCUGGUUUGCAUAGGAGAACUGAUUUAACUUUGUGUUGCUUGGGGUUACUAGGUUUGAUUCUUCUGCCUUUACAUACACUCAGAAGUGAUUUACCAAACAGAUAAAACCACUGUUACUGUAUUUUUAACUGAUCAAGAACUGUGCAAAAUAUGAAUAAGAUAAAUGUCUUUCAAGGAAGUUUGGUAAGAACUUUAUGCUGUGCCUUUGUGAAACAUUCUUUUUUUUUUUAAGGAAGAUAAAUCUUGUAUACUGAAUAGCAAAUUAAAGACGCAGGAGCACAUGAAGUGAGGUGAAAUAAACCUUUCAAAACUCA